AUGCAACAACAGCAACAGACCGGUGCGCGUCUGCGCCAUCUGAACCCCCUCAGACUGUUUCAUGGCAACUUUUCGUAUCAGCAGCUUCCCUCGGAUAGCCGCAACACCUCGCCCUUCACAUUGCAGCCUCUCAAGCGAGUCCGGUGGCCAUCACCGAGGCGCGCUGGUGAAGCCAUGCGCUCAGUUCGCUGGUCUCCACUCCGCAUUCUCCUUUGGGCAUUGACGUCGCUAUUCGUUCUGUUGAUGCUCAUUGCGAGUCGCCAUCAUAGAUUUCACUCUCCUGCUGAGCCCGCAAAUCCGGAUCCGGCAGCUGAAAAGCCUCCGGGCUAUCCUUGGGAGGAAUAUUUCCCACUCAGAGCCUAUUACAAUGGUAUCCGCACUCUGACGCCCGCCAAAGACUGGACACCUGAGAACCGCUACAACCGCUCCGUGCCAGAUGGUGUCAUUGACGGCAACGAAGCUCGCGGCCUUCCCAAGCAACCGGCUUUUGAACCCAUCAAGCUGAAUCCUUAUCCCGAUUACAACUCGUACGAAUACACUCAAAAGCAUGGAAAAGUUGAGACGUGUUACAUGGACGAUGAGGACAAGGUCGAAGUGCCUGAUGUCUACGUUUACCCCGGCCUACCCAGAAACAUGCCUGCUCCUUUCUUCGGCACCCACAAAGAGCUUGGUAUCAGAGACGAUGUCUGUUACGAUAGAUAUGGCAGACUCGGUCCUUACGGUUAUGGUUACAAUGCUACUGCGGGUGGUCUCGGUCCUGGCCUCGACUCGGAGAAUGUUGGCACUGACAAGCUGUUCGAGAAGAUGGGCACAGUCGACUACUCCAACGUCAACUGGGGCAAGGCUAUGAAGAAGUGCCACCACAAGAACAAAGCCCGAUUCGAGAACAAGGACGCUCACACCAAGGUCGCCCGCCACGCCUACAUUCUUCGCAUCUGGACUGGCUACAACUUCAACUACAACCAGCUCUACUCUCUUCGCGCCAUGAUUGCUGAGCUCUCGCUCAAGUCUGGUGGUGAAUAUGACGUCUACUUCCUUCUACAUGUCAAGGAUGAAACUCUUCCCAUUUGGGCCGACAAGAGUGUGUACCAGAAGGUCAUUGAACAGAAUAUGCCCAAGGAGUUCUGGAACAUGACUGUUCUCUGGUCUGAAGCUCAGUUGCUCAACUACUACCCUCCUCCUUUCGCCGAGCCAUUCGAGAACCCCUCUCAGCAGAGUGUUCAUGGUGUCUACCGCUCUGCUCACUUUGCUCUUCAAUGGUUCGGUCAACAAUUCCCUGAUUACGAUUACUACUGGAACUGGGAAAUGGAUCUCCGCUACAACGGACACUACUACGAGUUCAACACUGCUAUCGGUGACUGGGCUCGCAAACAGCCUCGCAAGGGAAUGUGGGAGAGAGCUGAAAGAUUUUGGAUGCCCGAGCUGCACGGUAGCUACCAAAACUUCACUGAUAUGGUCGAGCAUGAGACUCGUGAGAACGGCAAGAACCCUGUCUGGGGUCCUCCAGCUUUCCAGCAUGAUGGUCUCACUCCCUCUCCUUCUGACACUACUCCUCCCAUGCCAUACGAUAAGGACGAUUUCAAGUGGGGAGUUGGCGAAGAAGCCGAUCUCAUCACUUUCAACCCCAUCUUCGAUCCCAGUAGGACCAACUGGGUUUUCCGUCUCGACGCCACUGGUUACAACCUCAAGAUGCCCCCUCCACCUCGUCGUUGCGCCAUUAUCACCGUGUCCCGUCUUUCCAAGCGCCUGAUGGACAUCAUGCACGAGGAGACUUGGAAGUACCGCCACACUAUGUUCCCUGAGAUGUGGCCCGCCUCUUGCGCUCUGCAACAUGGUCUCAAGUCUGUCUACGCUCCUCACCCUGUCUACUUCGACCGUGACUGGGACCUCGAGUACAUGGACAGAAUGUUCAACCGUCCUGUCCUUGACGUUGACAGUCCUUUCGGUUGGGGCGAGCACAACUUCAUUGGCAGUUCCUUCUACUACAACUCUGGCUUCAGUGGUGCUCUUUGGCGCCGCUGGCUAGGUCUCCGCGAGAACAAGCAGGGCGGCACCAGAGAUGAAGAGACUGGCACUGGACGCAUGUGUCUAUUGCCCUCACUUUCACAUCCCGUGAAAUCAGAAGUCGGCGAGAACAAUUGA